UUUUAUGCGCCAUGUUUGUUGAGAGCGUAAACGGAAUAGAAAGCGGUGUUUUUUUUUUGUUUAGACACUUAGCUGAAGUGUAAUGUACUCUGUGAUAAGAGUUAUGUAAAAAGACUAAAGUGUUUUUGUUUUGUUCUAAUUUGAGUUAAAAACCAAAUUAAAAUGGCUCUACCUAACGAGACAUUAAGAUCUUUUCACCUUUAUGUGACCCAUGUGGAUGGCGAGGGUCACUUCUUGAAGAUAAGUGGUCAGCUCGACCAGCCUUCCUCGUUGAUGAUAGAGAGCUUAUUCGAUACUGCUCGAGAAAGUUUGGAACAAGGAGUGGGCGCCGUCCCACCGGCAGUAAUAACAGAAGGUAUCAUUUGUGCCGCGAAAUACAAAGAUGGAAAAUUUUAUAGAGCUAAGAUUAUUAAUACCACUAACCUUGCCACUGGAUUGGUCGGGGUACAUUUCAUAGAUUACGGGAAUAAGGAUAUAAUCUCUGUGAGCACCAUUAGAUUUUUAGAUAACUACGAUCCAUUGUUCUUGCAAAUGCGUGGGCAGUCUUCGGACUAUUAUUUAUCUCGUGUAAUGCAUCCGUCAGGAAGGUGGGAAGAACCUUUACUACUAAAACUUCAGAGCUUACUUUGCAAUGCGGAAUAUCCUGCUACUACAGAACUGAACACUCGAACUUUACCUAUAAUUUCAAUACAAUUUAAAGGAAAUGAUUUGUCUUCUCAUCUUGUCACAAAUAGAUUUGGCAUAGCCUUGCCACUUGCUAAACAAGAAGCAUUGUUGUUACAACUCUUAGAAAAACAGCAAAUGUCCAAUUGGCAACCAACAUUUUUGAACGAAAGUCACUUUUCAGAACAUGUUCCAUUUUUGAUAAACCAAAACUUUCCAAAUCCAGCAUCAGCUAUGCGUUUGAACCAUGGUAUGUCAUUGCCUAUUAAUGGUAGUAUACCUCCUCCACCAAUAAAUCAAAGAUUGAUAUUUAACAAAGUCCCAAGAAACCAUGCUAAUUUAAAAGCUCCAGUUCGUCAACCUCACACUGCUGCAGCAUUAUCACCUGCCUUAUCGGGUUCUGAUCAGCCUUCACCAGCGGCUGCUUCAAAACCACCAUCACCAAAGAAGUCCAUUACGUAUAAAAGUCGGCUACUGGAAGUUAAUUCCCAACAUAAAGUGUUUGUCUCAUUUGCUGAAGAAGGCCCAGAACUAUUUGCCGUCCAACUUGUGAGUGAUGCAAAGAAACUGCAAGACAUGAUGGAUGAAAUAAAUAAAAGGCCACACAGCAGUCUUAAAGAACCUCCAAUGAUUGGAACUGUGUGCCUUGGUAGGAUGUCAGGAGACAGAAUCAUAUGCAGGGCAAUUGUAAUGAAUCUCUCAGGUUCUCAAUGUAAACUAUUCUUUGUUGAUUUUGGUGACACAGAGAUGGUGUCAUACUAUGAUAUAUUUGAUAUACCUGAAGAGUUUGUCAAGCCAAAUGUUUUUGCAUUAAGAUUCUGUCUGUCACAAGUCAAGAAGUUGGAAAAGGGUCCGUAUUUAAAUGAAACUUUUAAACAGCUGGUUAAUGGAAAAGUCUUAACUUUGAAAGUGGUGUCACCUGAGGGUCCACCCCUUAUUCAGUAUGGUGAGCUGUUCUUAGAUAACAAAAAUGUUCUUGACUUGCUUAUGGCGAACAUGAAAGACCAGUUGCAGUUUAAAUGGGUGGACUUGCUACCUUUAGGUAGUCGUCGAUCUGUACUAGUAUCAUAUGUAGAUAGUUGUAUAAAGUUCUAUGUUCAGCUGUCCGAUAAGAUUGAGGAGUUGAAUUCAGUUAUGGAUGCUGUGAAAGUGCACUGUGAGAGUAAAUCAUCACCUGGGGAGUUGCCAGUGGGUGCAGCUUGCUGCGCCAGGUUCCCUGAUGAUGACAACUGGUACAGAGCAAGAGUGAAGGACACAAAGGGUAACAAAGUCAUAGUAACCUAUGUGGAUUAUGGGAAUGAACAAGAAAUUAAUGUAUCGGACUUAAGGACUAUUACUCCGGAUCUUAUAAGGUUGCCAGCGCAGGCACUAAAGUGUGCCCUAAAGGGUUAUGAGAAUAAACCAGUUGAAACGAAAACAUCAAACCAGCUAGAAAUGUUAGCAUUGGAGAAGACUCUAAUGGCACAUGUAGUUGGUAUGCUGUCAAGUGAUACAAUGCUUGUCACCUUAGUUGAUGACACCGUCACACCUCCACUGGAUGUGGCUCGAAGAAUGAAUCAGCUCUCACAGCCUAGAAGUGUUGAGGCCAAAGCAACGACACCGGUUCGUACCGAUCCACCGGAGAACUUCAGUUCGCCGGACAGUGUAUCUGAUGACGGCAGAAAGAAGAACUAUCGCCGGGAGAAGAGUUUCAAAGAAGAUCGUAGACCUCCAAAAGAAGGAAACGAAGAUUUCGGACAAAGAGGAGGCAGCUUUAGGGGCAGCAGGGAACAUAAGGAAGGCUUCGAUCGGUCCGGACCAGGACGACAUAGCGACAAAUUUGGCGGGAAACCUGAUAGAGGAGACAGACGUGGUGGCGGCAAGCCGCGUGAGAACCACGUGGUGUCACCACCUAGCCAGCCGGGUGUCGACAACUGGGACGAGAGCACCGCCCCGCCCCCACAGCCCGCACAACCCGCGCAACCCGCCUUCCAGCCGCGACAGAACAAUAGAGAGUACCAAAGAAGAAAACCUAGAUCGGAUCAGGACAAAACGAAUCCGAAAUCGGGAUGGAAGGGGAAAGAGUCCGGGGUGGGGAAGAGACUGAAGCAGGCCGCGGAGGCCGCGUCAAUGGAGGCGCAGGGUGCCCGGGGCUCCGUACAGGAUCGGCUGCGACGGGACAAUAAACCUAACCAAGACGAAUGGGAAGAGAAAGAUAAACCAAGAGAGAAUAGACGCGAAAAUCGUGGCGAUAGACGUGAUAACUGGGGAGAUAAGAAAGAGAACUGGAAUCAAAAGAGAGAGUUUAGAGACAACAGGUCCGAUAGAGGAGAGAGAACUAAAAGCAACUUUACGCCAAGAGAUCGCGCAGAGAGAACCGAUCGAUAUGGAUCCGAUAGUGACAAGAAAUCAGACAAGAGUUUCCGUUCACAGGAUAGUAACAAGGGAGAUCGCGCCGGCCGCGCCCCGCCAUACAAGAGUCGAAGUAAAUUCACACAAGUCCAAUACAAGGAACUCCCAAAUCCAGUUUCCCUGGACACACAAUACGCUGAACAAACUAUAGAAGCGAAUGCACAACAUGAGGUCUCCGUAACUUGGAUCAUAUCGCCGGAGAACUUUUACACACAAAUACUGUCUUUGCAGCCGAAGUUUCUGGAAAUGAUGCACUCCAUACCUGAAUUGUAUAAAGGUGUGAAGUCGUACACUGGGAUUGUGCCAGUUGGAGCAUCGGUGUUAGCUCGCUAUCCCGCCGAUGGUGUCCUCUACCGAGCAACCGUUGUGUCCGUUCAACCUUUCUCUAAGUUCAUAGUCAGAUACGUCGAUUUUGGCAACAAGCAACUGGUGGAUGCGAAAGAUAUUUGGCAGUUAGAUAGGCAGCUGUUGGAUUUACCAAAGAUGGCGGUUCAUUGCUCUCUGAUUGGUGUGUCACCGAAAGAUGGUGAAUGGAAAGCGGAUCCUGAAAUAGACCUGUGUUUCAAUGCUCCGCGUUACCAGUGCGUAUUUCAAGAUAAUGUGGACGGCCAGUAUAAGGUGUCGUUGUGGAACAAUGGAGUCAGUGUCGCCGACAUGCUGGUGGAGAAGCAGCUCGCCAGCCUCUCGGAACAUCAGUCGUCUGUUACUUUGAAAGACGAUGAUGGUGCUGAAUACAUGAUUUCUGAGUCGCAAAUAUGCAAAGACGAAGCGAUAGAUCUGACGAUCAUCAUAGGUCAGCAGAUCCUGUGCCGCGUGACGCAUGUUGACUCCUUGGACAAGUUCUACGUCCAGCUCGACUUGGACAAAGCGGACCUAGUGGAGAACGCCAUUGCCAACUUUGAUGUUAAUAAACUAACUCCUCUUAGCGCGGAGAAUCUCGCGGAAGGUAUCCACUGCACCGUCCGACACGAGCAGAAGAUAUAUCGUGCGAUACUCAACGACGUGUCCGACACUGAAAACAUAAAGGCAGUGUUGCCAGACUACGGACAUUCUAUUACUACAUCCUUACAAAAUGUUAUGAUCCUGCCUACAGAGCUGAGCGUGUACUACUACCAGACGUUAGAGUGCGGCCUCAACAACUACAACGGUGACGUCACCGCGCUCAUCUCACUUGAUGACGUCAGAGCUCGCCUCACAGGGAACAAGUUCAUUAUAUACAUCAAUAGUGUUGAAGGAAUCAGAUUAUUAACAACGCUAUAUGACCGCACCACGGGACAAAAGAUAGCGAUAUUUGAGCCUGAUGAAGGAGCUUACGACGAAGUGGUACCACUCUGUACUCGGGCUGUGUUCAAUUAUAACUUUGGUAUGGCGUUCAUAUCACAUUUGGAGAACUUGAACGAAUUCUACCUACAACGGACCUCUGAUACAGAUAAAAUAGCAACACUUUUGGAAGACUUGUAUAAGUUUUAUGAAGAAGGUACUCCUGAAGCACUAACAGAGUUCGAAGUGGAAGGUUUGUGCGCGGCCAAGUCAGCUGACGGCAACUGGUACCGCUGCAGCAUUCUCAGCGCUGGGGAGACAGAUAUCAAGGUGCAGUUCACCGACUACGGCAACUCGGAAACCAUUCCCAAGGCUAACCUCAAGAAACUAGAUCCCAAGUUCUACGAACCCUGCUCCUUGGCCCUCGUCGCCAGCCUCGGGCUUGUGGCCCUGCAGGAUGACACUCUCGCUAAACUGACCGAAUGGACCACAGACAAGGAGGUCCAGGUCACCCUCGCGUUCGGUGACGACGGCUGGCUCGCCAGUUUACAUCUAGACGGUGUCGACUUGUCUAUGAAAUUGUUAAACGAAAAACUAGCCACGCCCAAAAUAGCCGCAGUCGAACAACCGAAAACAGAGGAAACACCCGUCGAGGAACCCAUCUCGCUCCCCGAGGGAUGCACUCAAGUCUACAUCAGCCAUAUCGACACGCCCGGACACUUCUGGCUGCAAAUGCUCGAUAAAGUCGACAAGAUAAACCAAAUACAAUCGGAACUACAAGAGAAGGCGGACGGUUACACCGAUAUCGAGAGUCGAGAGAUGGGCACGCUGUGCGUCGCCAAAUACCUAGCGGAUGACCAGUGGUACCGAGCUGAAAUACUAGACGCCGACUCCGAUAUCACGACCAUUCGCUUCAUAGACUACGGCAACACCGACGUGCUGGAUAACCAGCCCGGGUUGAUAAAGGAAAUGCCCGCACACAUGAAGGACAUCGAGCGUCUUGCCAUCAAGUCCAGUGUGAACGCGAUACCGACCGGCACCGGCCAGUGGUCGGAGCCCGCCUCCGACUACUUCACGCAGCUGGUCGGCGACACUUCUGCCCCGGUGGACGCCCUCAUCGUCCUCAAGGAUAUUGUGACAUACGUAGAUAUUUUCGUUAACGGCCAAAAUCUAACUGACAAACUGGUGUCCGAGGGUCACGCCACGAGAUCCGAGGAGAACGAGUGCGGUGAUCUGCCCUCGUGCUUCGCUAGCCACGUCAAUUCACCCUCGGAGUUCUGGAUACAAUUGGAGACCGCCACUGCCGAGCUGCAGGCCAUGGAGGCGGCCAUGGUGGAUGCGGAGAACUUCCCCGAACUUAAGGAGAGGGAGGAAGGUGUCAUCUGUGCGGCCAAGUAUCCCGAGGACGGCGCCUGGUAUAGGGCACAGGUCAUCGUCGACGGCUCCGAAGGAACUGAGGUGCUGUUCAUGGAUUACGGCAAUGCGUCUAUCGCUAAUGAGUUGCGCAGUCUGCCCGACGAACUAAAAGUCAAACCGGCUCUGUCCAGAAAAUGCGCACUUCAGAAACCUCGCGAUAUCAAAUCUUGGUCGCGCAAAUCGGAAAUAAAGUUUAACGAGCUGGCCGCGGAGGGCGCCACUAUUUUCAACAUACAGUUCAUAGCCGCGGGAGAUAUUUCUAUAGUGGAACUCUACUUGGAAGGAAAAUCGGUGACAGAGGAGCUCGUCGGCCUGUGCGAGGAGCAGCCCAUGUCCGAAAGACCGACGCCCCUCGGCCAAGACUUACAUACCAGUGGCAAAAUCUGUUACGUUCAUUCGUUAGAUGAAUUUUACGUGCAGACCGAUGAAUCCGACGCCGUCUUGGAUAAAAUAAGGGUACGGUUGUGUCAGGGUGAGGAAUUCGAACAAGUUUCCGAUCUCAAAGUCGGGUCAGUUUGUGCGGCGCUCUGGGCGGAGGACGAGCAGUGGUACAGAGCUAAAAUCUUGGAGUUCUGUGACGUAGGGUACCAUGUGCAGUUCAUCGAUUACGGAAACAAAGCUAAAUGUGAUACAUUCAGGCAGCUGCCCGAGGAUCUAAGCGUUAUCGAACCAAUAGCUAAGUGUUGUCGACUCGCCAGUGUCUCAAAUGAGGAUGCAAAGUUGAAACUGGAAGAAAUAGCCGCAGACGGAGCGACGACAUUCCAAAUAGAAUUCUUAGAUAGUUUAAAGGAACCGACGCUGGUCAAACUUUUCCUGGAUGGCAAAGAUGUUUGUUCUAUAAUAUUGUCGAGUAGUAAUUUAAAAGAUGAUUACACAACUGAUAAUACAGAAGAGGCUGCAGGAACUAGUCAAGAAGUAAUAUUAGGAAAAGAAAUAGCCGAGCCAAUAGUUGAAAAAGAAGUUGAGAAACAAGUCGAUAGCGAUAAAAGUAUAGAAGAGGAGACAGUUAGCACUACUUUAGAUACUUCGGAACAUAAAUCACCAGAUGUCAGUGAAAGUGUAGCAAGUAAUAGUCCAGUAGAAGAGAAUAAAUUAGAAGCCAAUAUAAACAUGACUGAAAGUGAAAAAGGGGACCAAAUAUCUUCUAAAGUUGAUCAAAGUAGUAUAGAAAAAGAUAUUACUGUUGAAAAUGAAACUUCGAAGACUGUAAGCAGCGAAUCGAAUCUAACUUCUAACGGUGAUGUUUCAUUACAUACAACUACAAUAAAGCAGGCUGGGCCUAUUGAAGUUUCUGAGGCCGAGGAAGAUGUAAAGGAAUCUAAAUAGUAAACAAAAAUAUCUAGAUUACUCAAUUUUCUAAUUAAAUGCUCGUUUGUGAUAUACUAAUCUUAUGACUGCAUUUGAGCAAUUUAUCUCUGGUUUCUGAGACCAAUAUAUCUCUAUAAAAUGUUGUCUGGUUUUUUUUCAAAGAUAAUCAGAGGGAUAACGAUAUGUUUUGUAUAGAUAUUUUGGUGUCAGAAACCAGUAUUUAUGUAAAAGGAAUGACUGAGUGAAUAUAUGUGAGAUAUAUAGAGAUGGUUCUAUUCAUAUCAUAUGUUGAUUAUUUUGUAAUUAAUCAAUAUCUGAAAUGUCUCUUGUUUUGUUGAUUAAGAUUUUGUUUGAUUUUUUGUAUUGACUGUUGCAUCUAGUUUACGAAAGUUAAAAAUUACUUACUCGCUAUUACAUCUUUAUUAUGUUAAUAUGAUUCUAUAUUUUAUUUCCUCAUUUUACUGACAAAAAACUUUUUUUUAUAAAAAAAUUAAAAUUUCUUUCGUUUGAUUUACGAAUUUUGUAUAAAUACUCGUAUUAUUGUUUGCUUUAAUUGCUUUCGAAGCUAACUUGUCUAUGAUUAGUUUUUAAGUUUUUUUUUUUACUUUUAAUUUGCAGAUCCUCUUUGUAGAUAUAUUUAACAUUCCCGGUGAUUUUUUUUUUGUUAAAAUUGACAAAGUUAUGUUUCAUGAGUGUUACACUUUAAUUUUUUUUCAAUAUAAUUGUCAUAAAAAAUAAGCAAUAUGUCAAAAUGGUUACGGAGAUAUUUAAACACGGUUUAAAAAGAAUUUCUCACAUUUCAUGUAUAUCUUAUGUUCGCAUAUUGUUUAAUUGUUGCAGAAAAUAAA